UUGUCUGUGUGCGAUACUUUUCUGUCUCUGGCCAUUAGGGGGAAGAAGCAGGCGGUGCUGCCCUCCUUCUUCCAGGCUUAGAGGCCACAGGGCUGGCUGAAAGCAGGCUUCCCUUUGGCUGGGCAUGGCUGAGUUGACCGGGCCCCCCGGAGCCCGGACUGUUCUGCAGCAGUGUCUGCAAGCGAGGCUGCAAGUGAAACCUCCCGACCAGGGCUCCCAAGCCCAAUGGGUGGAGAUCCAGCGAGGACUGAUCAUCUAUGUAUGUUUCUUCAAAGGGGCCACUGAAGAAAUUAUUCCUAAAAUGGUCCAUACACUCUUGAAUGUGAAGUUAAAUGAAACUGAAGGUGGCAAAUAUGUUUCUAUUUUGAAUUUACCAGGAGACAUAUUAAUAAUACCUCAGGCCACACUGGGUGGCAAACUAAAGGGAAGAAGCAUGCAGUAUCAUUCCAAUAUUGAAAAGGACAUUGGGCUGGAUCUCUAUACCCAGUUUGUGGCUCAGUGUGAAAGAGAACUAGCAGCAAAUACCAAAUGUUUUGAGGCUGGUGUUGUUCUCAGACAUGGCACAUAUGGAAAUCGUCAAGUGUUGAAAGUGGAUACAAAUGGACCUUUCACUCAUAUGAUUGAGUUUUAAAAUUUUUACCAAGGACAUUCUGACAAAUACUGCACUAUUGUGCUGAUAGGUAGCAGUAUACUUAAUUUAAUUCUAAUGUUUCAGAGCAAUGAAAAGACUUCAGUAAAUGAAUGCCCAGCUAAAUAAAUUUAACUACUUCAUGAUAA